AUGGCGUUACUUUGCCUAAUCAACACAAUAGUGUUGGGAUGGAUGACUAUGCUGUGUACAUGUUCCCCUACUCCAGCAAAAAAUAAUUUAGGGCGAGUAUUCGAUGCUAUGGCGAAAGAAAGCGCCAUUGAUUACGGUAAUGUUGGGCUUCGAGAGGUGACCCUUAAACCAACGGACAUUGCGAACUUCAUUUGUGGUCCAAGUAAAAGAAAACAACAUGGUGGAGUAUUUACACUGUAUCCCAGUGAUCCUCUGACCAAGACAUUAAUGCCUCUUACUGGUGGUGAUUUUGAAGAUGCAGUUACAAAGGAAGUUCUUUUGCGAGAUCUAUUUCGGAGUGUGGAUUUACGUAUAGAUUACAACAUGGAUCAAGACGAAGAUGCAGAUGUUUUCGUGAGAAUCGAGUACCCGAUUAAUGCUGUAUUGAUGGCUAGGGAUCCUAGCAACUUCAGUCUAAACUACGCGUGUAAGUAUCAGCCGGAUGACAAGAGGCUGCCACCUAUAUACAGGUGGUUUAGGAUAGCAUUCAAAAAUGUCUAUCCCAUGGCGUAUGGAUUUGAUACUGGUAAUAACAUGUUGUUUAAAAAUUCGGCGCCACGAGAACUGCAAUCUACUAAUGUCGUAGGGCCGAGCUUUUACACUGUCUUUGUGGAACCAGGGAUGAUCGUUGGCAUCUAUUGUCAAGCGGGAGAACGUUUGGAGCCCAGCAACUGUUUUGAUAAGGAUGAAAUUGCGAAAAUGGGAGAUGAUAUUGUGCCUUACAUAGAGCAGCCAGUUGGACUGAUAAAUGCGCAAGCCCGUGAUGUAACCUCUAGACUCAGGGUAUUCAAAGUAGGAGAAACGGCUAAAAAAACUAUCUUGCGUUCAUGCUCAUGCGUCCGUCCCGAUGGAAACAGGAAGGUUGUACGUUUCGCGUACCGUGUCGGUGAGAUGUACCUUAAUUCCGCUGAAACUGUCUUGACUCCUCCAGUGAAACGUAAAGGGGUGCGGUUUGUGUUAUCUCUGAUGCAGGUAGGAACCAGAUCUAUCACGGAUCUUCCUAACGAUGGUUGGGUUGAUCUUGGUCAAUUGGGAAAGGUAGGAACGAGAUUAGCGCCGGAAAAUCCAGAGCUCAAUACCUUCAAUGCAUCUCCCAUGGGACCGAAUCAAGCAGUUGCUAUAAAGAAUGCGCUUGGCUUAAGAGGUGUUCAUUUUUCUAUGGAGAAGAUUAAAAACGGAAGGCGUCAUAUCGUUGACUGCGCGGAAGAUGCGUUAAUCAUAUGUAAAAAUGAAGUGAAAUUAAUAUACUACGAUUGGGUACUUAAGCGGCUGUUUGGUGAAUUUCAUGUUGACACCAACUUGCGUGUACUAUAUCAUAUUGUGCCAACUGACCCUUACACCUAUGGUUGUGGUGUUGACAGCGAAGAUUUGUUCCAAAAAAGCGGAUUCCAAUUAUCAACUGGCGCAAAUAACGACGGUGUUACGGAGUGCAAAGUCAACCCUUACGUAACUAGCCCCGUUGGAUUCUACUGUCCCAAAGGUUACACUUUAGAACCUGCAAACUGUUUUGAACAGAUGACUCGCGUUGGUGACAACAAAGAAGUGUCAUUGAGUGAUUACGCAGAUCACGCAAGACCUGUUGAAGGGAAAUACAUUAAAGCCGUUGAUUUCCAAUUCUCUGAAAUGAUGAGUCACCUUAUCAAAUACACGGAUGAGGAACUCAUGUGCCGAUGUGUUGAUCAGUAUGGCAAAGUACGGGCGGCCAUCACCUUAGACCUACGUCAGCCUAUUGAUACCCAACAGGUUGAAGAGGCCCCUGCCGCGGUAGCUCCAGCAAGUUAA